AUGGACCCUCCUACCACCAAUCAUCAAAAUGGACAUUCUGAACCACCUACUUCCCCUGGAUUCAUGAACACCACCAUUGAGGAAGAAGUUCCCGUGGAAGACGCCUCCCGCGAAGAAACGGUUCCAGUCCCUCCAGGCCGGAACUCUGCUAAGGCCGAGAAAGCUGCGAAAGCGAGAGCCCUGCAGCUUGCUCAGAAACUUGAGAAGGUACAGCGCGUCCAUACGACGUCUUUGCUUAUCGAAGAAACAUUCAUCACCCACGGGCUGUCCAAGUCGGAGGUGAAGGAAGUACUCAAGCAGCUUGCUUCGAGGUACCAUCUACUGGCCAUUCAUACGUACCAGACUCCCGUGGUCUUUGGCGCGACGAGAAACCAGAGUUCGAAGAAGAGACCUAGGAACCAGCAACCCGUUAGCAAAAAGAAAUGGAGACGUUAG